AUAAAACUUGAUGCGAGGUCAUGUUGGCACUGCAUGAUCUGCAGACAUGACGACGAGCAUUGACAAGGACGACGCUGGGACAAGAUCAACAGCUUCGACGCUCGCCAUCCACGACGGCCAUGACGCCAUAAGCGAGAAGUCAAAGUCCGAGUCGAGUGACUCGCCAGCAGCAGAACUUGAACCCAGCGCCGAGGCCUCCCGCCCCGAGUCGACGAUAACGGAGGAUGCAGCACCGGAAACAGCACUCGCGCCGCCUGCCCCGCCGCAGCUCCCAACGGGGCGGAGAUGGGCACUGACCCUCAUCGUGAUGUUCAGCAUGGCGAUGAACGGCGGCGCGCAAACGGGCCUCAACAUCGCCCUGCCGCUCAUCCAGACCGAGCUGGGCAUCACCGAGGCCAACCUGCAGUGGGUGGCCUCGGCGUUCUCCCUCACGAACGGCUGCUUCCUCCUCAUCUCGGGGCGCGUGGCCGACGCGUACGGGCGCAAGCGGUGCUUCAUCGGCGGCAUGCUGUGGUAUGCGGUCUGGUGUCUGGUCGGCAGCUUCAUGCACUCUGGCCCGGCACUGAUCGUGACGCGUGCGAUGGCCGGUGCGGGCGCCUCCAUGGGUAUCCCCAGCGGUAUGGGUAUCAUCGCAGGCAACCUGCACGGCCGCCAGCGCGCGACUGCCUUCGCGUGUUUCGGGGCGGGCGCGCCGAUCGGCGCCGGCACAGGCAUGGUGAUCGGCGGCCUGUUGACGGCUUACGCCAGCCAGACGUGGCGCGCCCUCCUGUGGAUCUUUACCGGCCUUGGGGUUGUCAUUGCGUCCUUCGCGUUCGUCUACGUCCCCGCCGACAAGGCCAAGGGGCCAGAACAUGACCGCCGGAUCGACUGGCUCGGCGCGGCAAUGAUCACCAGCGGUCUCGUGCUGCUCCAGUUCACUGUCAGCGACGGGGUCAGCGCGCCGCGGGGAUGGCGCGAGCCUUACGUCCCUACCCUCUUCUCCGUUUCCAUCAUCCUCAUCGCCGCCUUCUUCGUCUGGCAGUGGUACCUCAAAAACAAGACCACCUACCCCCCGCUCCUCCGCCUCGCGCUGUUCACGCGUGCGCGUGGCCGUCUUGGCGCGUACUACUUUGUCGGGUUCGUCGCGUGGACGGGCUUUGCGUCCAUCUCAUACCACGUCAACCUGUACUACCAGCAGGUCAAGCUCACCGGCCCCUUGGGCGCAGUGGUUCGCUUCCUGCCCGUCCCGAUCUCGGGCAUCAUCUGCAACAUCAUCGUGGCGCGGGUCAUCCACCGCGUGCCGCUCCAGUUUCUGGUAUGCUUUGGCGUCUUCUGUACCGGACUAUCGGCGACCUUCUUGGCCCUGUCAGGCCGCGACACCCUCUACUGGACGUUCCCCUUCAACGCAAUGUACCUUGUCGUGAUUGGCGCCGACUUCCUCGUGCCCACGGGCUCCAUCUUCGUCUCACUCAUGGCCCUCCCGCAAGAGCAGUCAGUUGCCGGUGCCCUAUUCCAGACCCUCCUGCAGCUGGGUGGGUCGUUCGGCCUGACCCUCACCUCGGUCAUCGCCACGACCUACUCCAACAAGGCUCGAGCACGCGGCGAGGAUGAGAUCGACUCCAUACUGAAGGGUUUGCAGGCCUCGUUCUGGCUCGCAGCAGGGUUGGCCUUCACUGCGUUUGUCAUCGCGGUCAUCUUCCUGCGCGGUAUCGGUAUUGUGUCCGAGAUCGCCCAGAGAAAGAACAAGGAGGCAGCCGAGCCCGCGCCGCAGACAGAGAAGGGCGAUACCCAUGUCUAA